AUGAUUGCCGGAAGCCAAGGAAAACGUGCACAUGGUCUCUAUCCUACUGCUAAUAAAGAAGCCGACUGGCACCACGGGUCGCCGAUCCCGCAGAUGGUUGCAUCUGUGACCAUUCUGAAGAGCUAUAUGGGCUUCAAAAAGGAAAAAAAAACCCAAAUGAUGGAGCACUUGGUCCACUUCCGGUGCAGCGGAAAUCUAGUCAAGGGUAGAUUUGUUCGCCGCACGAGUUUUCUCCAAAACGCAUCUUUUACGCCAAUAACCCCACCACUCCAACGUUUGGUGGCUCGUGUUUGUUUUGUCACUAAAGAGCGA